GGGCAGCCACCGACACCCAGCGGCCCGGCUCCGGCGCUGCCCCCGCCGAAGCACGCCGAAAACAUGGCUUCAGACAGGCCACACAUCGCGCAGUUGACUUCUGAGCUCUACUUCCUAAUCGCCCGCUUUCUCGAAGCCGGACCAUGCCAAGAAGCAGCCGAGACGCUGAUCAGGGAGGUGGAGGAUAAGGAGCUGCUUCCCAGGAGGUUGGACUGGACCGGGCAGGAACACCCCGGGACGUAUGACAAUUUGGUGAAGCUGUACCGCCACAUCAGUCCUGAGCACCUGCUGCACGUGUGCUCCAGGGUGUGUCCUCUGCUGGAGCGCGAUGUCCCAGCCAGUGUGCCGGGACUCACUAGCCUGCUGGGGGCCGGCCGACAGAAUCUCCUCCGGACCAGCAAAAGUUGUAAGCAUGUGGUGUGGAAGGGUUCGGCGCUGGCGGCGCUCCACUGCGGACGACCACCAGAGCCUCCUAUCAUCUAUGGGAGCCCGGCCAACAUCGUGGAGACCAGCCACGGCCGGCGCCUGAACGGUUCUUACCGCCUGCGCCAGCUGGUGCCCACCGCAGUGUAUCAGCACAUGAAGAUGCAUAAGAGAAUUUUGGGACACCUUUCCUCAGUCUACUGCGUUACCUUCGACAGGACUGGACGACGCAUAUUCACCGGUUCCGAUGACUGCUUGGUGAAGAUAUGGAGCACGGACAACGGGUGUCUCCUGGCAACGUUGCGUGGGCACGCUGCCGAGAUCUCCGACAUGGCGGUGAGCUACGAGAACACCAUGAUCGCCGCCGGCUCCUGCGACAAGGCCAUCCGCGUGUGGUGCUUGCAGACGUGUGCCCCGCUAGCUGUGCUGGAGGGCCACGCCGCCUCCAUCACUUCGCUUCAGUUUUCUCCUCUGUGUUGCGGCUCCAAGCGCUACCUGUCCUCCACGGGUGCUGACGGCACCAUCUGUUUCUGGCAGUGGGACGCACGCACACUCAAGUUCGGUCAGAGGCCAAGUAAGUUCACUGAACGUUCCAGACCCGGUGUCCAGAUGAUGUGCUCCUCCUUCAGCGCAGGUGGGAUGUUUCUGGCAACGGGAAGCACGGAUCACAUCAUCAGAGUGUAUUACUUUGGCUCAGGACAACCGGAGAAGAUCUCAGAACUGGAGUCACAUACAGACAAAGUUGACAGCAUCCAGUUCUCACACUGCAGCGAUCGGUUUGUGAGUGGCAGCAGGGACGGCACGGCGCGCAUCUGGCAGCUGCAGCCUCAAGGCUGGAGGAGCAUCCUGCUGGACAUGCAGACUAAAUUACCAGGGAAGUACAACCCACCACCACUAGAAGACAAGGUGACCAAGCUAAAGGUCACCAUGGUGGCGUGGGAUCGCCACGACAGCACGGUGAUAACAGCAGCCAACAACCUGACUCUGAAGGUCUGGAAUUCCAUCACUGGGAACCUGGUUCACGUCCUGAUGGGUCACGAGGAUGAGGUGUUUGUACUGGAGCCGCACCCCUUCGAUCCCCGAAUCCUGUUCUCGGCGGGGCACGACGGCAAUUGUAUCGUGUGGGACCUGGCCAGAGGCGUCAAGAUCCGAUCCUACUUCAACAUGAUCGAAGGUCAAGGGCACGGGGCGUUGUUUGACUGCAAGUGUAGCCCGGAUGGGCAACAUUUUGCCGCCACCGACUCCCAUGGUCACCUGCUGAUCUUUGGCUUCGGCUCCAGCGGGAAGUAUGACAAGAUCGCCGACCAGAUGUUCUUCCACACCGACUACCGGCCGCUAAUCCGCGACGCCAACAACUACGUGCUGGACGAGCAGACCCAGCAGGCGCCUCACCUCAUGCCACCCCCCUUCCUGGUGGACGUGGACGGCAACCCCCAUCCGCCCCGAUACCAGCGGCUGGUGCCCGGCCGGGAGGGCUGCCGGGACGAGCAGCUCAUCCCGCAGAUGGGUGUCACCUCCUCGGGCUUAAACCAAGUGGUCAGCGAGCAGGCGGUGGAUGGCUCCAGUCCUCUGGAUACCAUGAUCCAGAGAUUACAACAGGAACAGGACCAGAGGCUGGGCUCCAAUGAGACACCUGCUGCUCCCGGUCCUGGUGCCGCUGCUGCUCUUACCGCAAGCUCCCGAGUCAGCAGAGGGUCUGUGAGUUCUCCGACAGAGGUGCACUCGCCACCCAACGUGGGCCUCCGUCGCAGCGGGCAGAUCGAGGGUGUGCGGCAGAUGCACAGCAACGCCCCGCGCAGCCAGAUGGCCACCGAGGGAGACUUGGUGGCGUGGAGCCGCCGGGUGCUGGUGCCUGAGCUGGAAGACGCUUCCGUCAGGAAACAGGUGAACUGGCGAGAGGCAAAAGGGGAGGAGGAGAUCAACAUUUACCAGUCGGAACGCCGGAGACGCACCAUCCACUCCCUGCCCAAGGAGAGCAGAGUUCAUCCAACUUCAGAGAGCGUGUCUGAUGAGGGGAGGCGGAGUCAGGGUAACCAUGGUUACCAGACCCGGGCAGCCGUGGAGGAGACGAGCCGCCAGAGUGCCGAGGUGGCUGACGAUGAUGACAGCAACUCAGAGGGCGAGACAGAGGUGCGGCACAUCAAUGGGCACUCGUCAGAGGAGGAGAAGGAAGAGGAGCAAAAAGAACCAUGGCCGGAUGAUCACAGCAGUUCGAGCGACUACUCCAGCGACUACUCGGAUUGGACGGCCGACGCGGGCAUCAACUUGGAGCCGCCCAAGAAAAGCGUGAAGGUGAAGAAGAAGAGCAGCAGCUCUGAAGAGGACGGCGACAAGAAGCGUGACCCCAAGAAAGAACGCAAGAAGGACAAAGCCGACAAAGAUGGCGCGUUACCAAAGAAAAAGACCCCAAAAGAGAAAAGGAAGAGGGCAGAGCUUCAGGAGCAAGGGCUAACUUUGGAGGAGUGGCUUCCCUCUUCCUGGAUCACGGACCUGCUUCCCAGAAGAUGUCCUUAUAUUCCACAGAUGGGAGACGAGUUGUACUACUUCCGUCAGGGCCACGAGGCAUACGUGGAGAUGGCCAAACAAAAAAAGAUUUACAGCAUCAACCCUAAGAAGCAACCUUGGCACAAGAUGGAGCUACGGGAGCAGGAACUGAUGAAGAUUGUGGGGAUUAAGUAUGAGGUGGGCUUGCCCACAUUAUGCUGCCUCAAGUUGGCCUUCCUAGACCCGGAGACCGGCAAACUGACUGGAGGAUCCUUCUCUAUGAAGUACCACGACAUGCCGGACGUCAUCGACUUCCUGGUGCUCCGGCAGCAGUUUGACAAUGCCAGAAAGAGGCAGUGGAGUAUUGGUGAUAGGUUUCGCUCUGUGAUCGACGACGCCUGGUGGUUCGGCACCAUCGAGAGUCACGAGCCGUUCCAGCCGCAGUACCCAGACAGCCUGUUUCUCUGCUACAAUGUCUGCUGGGAUAAUGGCGACACGGAGAAGAUGAGUCCCUGGGAUAUGGAGCUCAUUCCUGAUGAGGCGUCCUUCCCAGAUGAAUUGGGCACCAGUGUUCCGCUCACGGAAGAGGAGCAUCGCGAUCUCCUGUACGUGCCGCUGGACGGCGAAUGGGGCUGCCGCACGCGCGCCGACGAGUGCGAGCGGAUCAUCAGUGCCAUCGACCAGCUCUGCACCCUGGACAUAGCGGCGCCUUUUGCUUUCCCGGUGGACCUUCAAGCCUACCCCACCUACUGCACGGUGGUGGCUUAUGUCACAGAUCUCAGCACCAUACGCCAAAGGCUGGUCAACCGCUUUUACAGACGACUGUCGUCUCUGAUGUGGGAAGUUCGUUACGUGGAGCACAACGCGCAGACGUUUAACGAGCCGGGCUCCUUCAUCGUCACCACGGCCAAGUUUGUCUCCGACCUCAUGCUGCAGUUCAUUAAGGACCAAAGUGUGACAGACCUAAUGCCACUCUACAAAACCCUGAAGAAGGCCACCUUCUCGGACUCUGAAGACGAGGAGGAGGAUGAGGAAGACGAGGACACCAGUAUGCCAGGAACCUCCACGCAAAACCACAAGGAGCGGCGUCUAACACGGCAGCGUCUGCGCACGCGACCACCCUCGUACGACCCUCAAGCGUGGCGAGGACGCUGCAAAGAGCUACUGGACCUCAUCUUCCAGUGCGAGGACUCCGAGCCCUUCCGAGAACCCGUCGACUUGCAGGAGUAUCCGGAUUACCUCCAGAUUGUCGACUCUCCAAUGGACUUUGGCACUGUCCUGAACACGCUGACGACAGGCAAGUACCAGACGCCCAUCCAGCUCUGCAAGGAUGUGCGCCUCAUCUUCAGCAACUCCAAAGCGUACACGCCCAGUAAGAAGUCCAGGAUCUACAGCAUGAGUCUGAGACUGUCUGCACUCUUCGAGGAGCACAUAAGCUCCAUCCUUGCUGAUUACCAGGCCAUCCACGGCCUGACGGACAAGCUGACCCGACGGACUGCCGAGCGCCAUGCCCAACACUCCACCCCCGACCAGCGACCCACGCGGCACAACGUGAAGAGACGACGCCGCAGCGAGUCUCCCCCCAGCAGCGCGGCUUCCAGCCCAGAGAGGAAGAGGCGCGUCUCGUCCCGAGUGACCAGCAGGCGUGAGCCUUCGCCACCUCCCUCACGGCCCCCCUCUUUGAGACAGAACCUCCCCCCAAAGUACACGCCUCCGCUGCUUAACGGGAAGAUGGACACACCAGCAGCGGGACGCACGCGCAGCGCCACAAGACACUUUGCGCACUCGCCGCCCUCCUCAGCGUCUACUAACAUUUGCAGCGCCACAGAGUCGACCCGCUCGCUGAGAACGCACAAUUAUGUCUCUGCCUCCACGCCGCCUGCAGCAGCUGAGAAAACGACGCCGUCUUCGGCUGGAGAAGGUGGCGUGACCGGAAGCACUCGGCGGAAACCAAGGACACCUGUAAGACGAGAAUCAGGGUCUCCUGAAAGCCUCCCCUCCCAGAGCACAGCCCUCCUGAAUGGCCACAGCGGUCAUAUGACGGCUGGAGUGGGAAGGAGGGGUCGUAAAUCCCGAGUGGACCCGCCGGCCGACCCGGCGACUCCGGCCAGCCCCUCCAGGAGGCGCGGUCGACCCCCGGGCAAGAAACGAGGCAGGAGGAGCAAAGAAGACCAUGCCAGCCCCACCCCUGAUGAUGAGCUUGACCAAUCCACUGGCGACGAGGGCGGCGCGUCAGCAGCGGUCACGUCAGACUCUGGCACGCCGAGAAAGAGGGGCCGGCCACGGUCCCUCAGAACUGAGGAGGUAACACCGCAGCCCCCACCUCUCCCCACUCCUCCUCCUCUUUCUCCACCUCCUCCCACCACCUCGGAGACACCUGAGCCUUUGCCGCUGAGGAGGAGCAGCCGCAGAGCGCACGAGGACAUUAUGUCCGUGCCACGGACGCAAAGAGGCACUCGGAGGGACGGGGCGGCGGAUCACCAGGAGGAAGAAGAUGAGGAGGAGGGCGAGGAUGAGGCGGUGGGCUCGAUGCGCACCCGUAACCAGGGGCGACGCUCAGCCUGGUAUGUCGAGGAUGACUCUGAGGAGGAGCAGAGGCAACUGCUCUUUGAGGACUCCUCCAUCACCUUCGGAACCUCUUCCAAGGGACGCGUACGCAAGCUGACAGAGAAGGCCAAGGCCAACCUGAUUGGCUGGUAGCCUGACAUAGACAUAUGUGCGCGCACACACACGCAAGCCCCUUUCACACUACCCAACAAAGCCUGCUGAUUUCUGUGGGCUUGAAAAAGCUUUGGAUAAAAAUAACGUUUUCUGAAAAGACUCAAAAGUAGCGAUUUUUCUUUUGGGGAUUUUUCCCACCAUAUUCUGAUCUUUUUUUCUCUCUUCCAAGAGGAAGACUGAAAUUUUAAAUUUUUCAUCAUGAAAACCGUUUUUUUGUCAUGCAGCAAUUUUGCGGAAAUGCUGUGCAAGGGGCUACACACACACACACACACACACACACACACACGUGUGCGCGCGCUCUCAUUGGCCCAGCUGCUGCUAAUCCAAGCUGUGCCCCCCUGCCCUCCUUCCUCCUCCUCAAGUAUUGGUCCAUGUUGGACCCCACACUUUCUCCCUUGUCUUCGUACUUGAAAGAAAAGCCGCUGGAGGAGUGCUUGCUUUACAGAACUGUACUGUCGUCAGUGGGUGGGCGGGGGUCAAAAACGCCCACUUGAGCCCAGAACGUUUCCCCUGUCCCAGAACAUUUUUAUACAUCCCCCUGACUGCUUUUUUUCUUUUUCUAACAUUUGUACAUGAUGCUUCGCCCUCUGCUGGAAGUCUUACGUGUUGCUGUCCAAUGAAAAGCAUGACACUUCAUAUGUUUGUGCCCAAAAAUUAUACACACUUUUUUUUUCUGAAGCCUUUUUGCCAAAAAUUUGUUGUUUUUUUUUUUUAUAACAAUACUAAUAAAACUUUUGGUGAUGCAUUGCUUUACAGUGGACAACAACAAUAUUGAAAUAUGUGUGAGUGCUCAGAAAAAAAUGAGUGUUUGCUGUUCAGUGAAAAUUAGGUACAGUAUUUACAAAGUUGGUGAUUUAAAUUUGUAGCCCCUUCCACAAAUUAUUUUAAUCAUAAAUUUGUUUGGUUCUAUUUUGUUUGUGAAAGGAAAUUUGUGGCGAUGCAAAUAGUAUGUGUGUGUGCGUGUUGUCGUCCAAUGAAAAACUUGUAUCAUGACAAAAUUUUCUUGACUAUUUUCAAUUUGCAAUUUUCUUUUUAAUCCCCACGAAAUUACAAUAUUUCACUUGUCAUUUUGCUAUUAUAUUAUCAGUAUGAAUGAUAAUUGGAGAAAAGUCAUUCAUCGACUUUUUUGUUUCAUAUCAAGAAGACUUUUUUUUUUUUUUAAAUCACAAAAACGUUUUGUGAGUAAUUGUUUUUCAUGAAUCACAGAAAAACUUUUGGAGAUGUAUGCUUUUCAGUGGACAACAACAUCACCAUCAUGUGUAUGGGUCCCUGUCCAAUGGGGAACAAAAAUUAGGUUUUCUCAAAAAUUCUUGCAUUAAAAAAAACAAAAAAAAAAACUUCAUAACCAAAAUUUUGGAAAGAUUUUUCUGCCAUACUGGAAAGGAAAAAAAACAUGGCCAAAUUUGGAGAAUUUUUGCUUUUCUAGAAAAAGAACACAGUGUGUGUGUGUGUGUGUGUGUGUGUUUUUUAUAUAUAUAUAUAAAACACACACACACACCAUACAGACACUCUUUCUAUUCGAUAAGGACAAAUUGGAUGUGUGUGCUGAAAUACCAAAUGUUGUACUGUUGGUCCCGAAGGGUUUUAUUAUGUUUUGUUGCGUGUCAACAUGGACGAUAAGAGCUCAUGUGUAGGUCCUACUGCAUUAGCAAUGUAUGUGCCUUUUAAGUCUUUGAUGCGUAUGUAUGUGUUUGUGAGAGAGACACGAACAAAAGUUGUGUAUUUAUUAGAUCAUGUGACUUAUAUCAUGUAACCAACGCUAUAGCCACAUGCACUUAUCCCCACACAGCUUCAUCGCAAUGUGCUUUUUACUGUAUUUUUUCAGUGUUGUGACCACACACACACACACACCACAUUCUUUUAAAGCAAAUUCUGUCAAAUUGGAGAGUGUCAUAUUUGUGGUCUGUGCUGGUGUGCCUUGAUAAAUCCUAUCAGGACCUUUUUAAGAGGUCGUUUAGCUUUCAGGACCAGGCCAGGCUGGAUUCUCAUCAAACAAAAUGUCCGUCCUCCUCUUCCAUUCUCUUAACAUUAACACCAUGGAUUAUUUGUGUACUGUGUCAGAUAAUUGAUAUUUUGGAUACACUUGUACUCUGUGAAUGUGACUUUGACAUUUUGAUUGACUGGCCCUGAAAGUAUGUUGUUUAAUGCAUGUUGUGGUCCAAAGUGUCACACAUUACAUUGCACAUUCAGUGGAACCU